GCACUGGCACUCGAGUUGUCAACGUGAUUUCCGAUCCCCGCGCCGUCGUCGUCGCAGCAUUUCUCGGACCAUCGUUUGUUUACUUCGCCGUUCCGCGCGUCUUCGGCAACCGGAAAAGCAGCAAGCCCAGUUUCGUGAUUAUUCGGCGAUUCGACCCGUCUCGAUCGAGGCUGGAUUUUCAAGGAUUCAAGAUCGUUAUCGUUGCACCUGGUAGGUAGGGACGACCUAACCAACAGACUAUCAAAUGCAGUCGUUAGCCGAGCGGAUACCCGUCGAAAAAUCUCUCAAGCCGAGAAAGAGCGUUGAGAAACCUCUGCGAAUGUCCUGUUGCGGCGCCUGAGCUACGCCGUGAAACGUGGUUCUAAAACCACCACGACUGGCAGAUCCAAUAAUAUUUUCUCAUCCGCAUCAGGAGCGUAGAUUUUUGGCUCGUACAGAGCGGCGUCCCGGCGAGUGCGAGUCCUUCGGAGUGUGCGUGGUUACGAUCCAACAAUCCGUUGCGUACUACGCGUACGUGUUUGUCUGAAUGACUAAAAUAAAACCGUGCAAAGUCCGAGACGAGGUUGAAACACGCGGUCAAAACAACCUCUACGCGGGUACAGGAAGAGAGAGAGAGAAGGCUUGUCAUACCGUUCGUCGAGAAUUCUACUCAGGACUCUCCGGACCUCUGCAGGGAUAAUAAUAAAUAUCCGCGUUACGGAGUUUGUAUCGUAUAUCCCGGUAGUCGGUGUAAUAACGAGUGUGCCGAGAAGAAGGAUACACGCGGAUCUGUCGUAGCGACGAUUCGUGUUCGCAGCCUACUCUGCGAAAGUAAUAAAAGUGCCUGAGAAGAAUUAGAGUCAGAGUAGCAAAAAGUAGGGUAAAGUAAAGUUGAAGCAACGCGAUAAUACGGCGGAAACCGUACUACGAGGAGAAGAAAAUAAGGAUAAAACUUGUCACCGAUCAUCUCGAGCUGACGUGACCUUCCGAACUUGCGUGACGUUCCGAGGCAAGGGAAGAUAGAAAGCUUCGAGAGACAUGUUGCCGCCCGCAGCAAUGCACCUGGAGCAAAGGAUGAACGGGGAUAGGGGUCUGCAACAUCACUUGGAUCACCAUCGCACCCAGACAACGCCGACCAGGGACCCCCGUUUCCCUCACCGACCGGCGGUCCUGUCGCCAGCAAGGGAACGGUUUCCGUCAUCGAGCAGCACAGACGACGACCAAAGCGGAUCAGACGUUGAACAUGAAUCCGCGGGAAUGCGAAACGGCAAAGCCCACUCGGGAAUGCUCCAUUCCGGAACUCAUUCCGUGCGCAAACGUCGUGGUAACCUACCUAAACACUCCGUAAAGAUACUGAAGAGAUGGCUUUACGAGCAUAGGUACAACGCGUAUCCGAGCGACAGCGAGAAACUCACCCUCAGCCAAGAAGCAAACUUAACGGUACUUCAGGUUUGCAAUUGGUUUAUCAACGCGAGGAGACGUAUUCUACCUGAGAUGAUCAGGCGGGAGGGUCACGAUCCUCUACAGUAUACGAUAUCUCGCCGGGGGAAAAAAAUGGCUGGUGGAAGUCAUCAGCAGGCUUCGAGUCUUAGUCCACGCGCAAAUCAAACAUGGGAUCCCUUGGCUGGGAUGAGCGCACCCAAGAGAAGCAGGGAUCACGAUUACGAUGAUGCUGCCGGACUCAUGUACAGGAGUGAGGAAGACAGUCCAAACGAUUACGAAAGCAGUUCACACAGCGAGGAAGAGCGACCUACGACUCAGUGGCCUAGCGUGAUCGUCUACCCGUAUUCCGAAACCAAAGUCGAGCACAAUAAUCAACUGACCUAUGGAAAUCCGAUUACUCACCCUGCCCGCAGAGGGGAUGACCACGUCACUACUGUAAGUGAGGCUGCAUAUUGGAGUGCUCCCAGACAGCAUUUGACGACAACGCCAGACGUGCAGCAUGAAACAGAAGUAUACAGUACGCACAGCCCGCACAAUGACGAAACUCCACCUCCGACACCCCCUGAAGAGGAUAAGGACAAGUUCAAGUGCCUGUAUUUGUUAGUGGAGGCGGCUGUCGCUGUGCAGCAGCAGGAAAAGGAGCGUGAAGGGACUGUAGUUUAACGUCAUUUACUGGGUGCACUAUUGCGUUACAGGGACAUAAUAUGGCGCACGUCGGAGUGACAGUCACAGAGUGAUGUUUUUUUUUUAAUACCUCGAGAAUCAGUGCGCCAUUUAGUGAUUGAAACUGAAAAAUAGCAAACAAGAGGUAAACUAAAACGCGUUUAGGCUGUUCAUACGGUUACUUAUGGACGUAUAGGGAAACAACACGGACAUGUUUUACACGAUUGACUUAUGAUUGCCUCAAAAAUACUGUUAUAUCUUCGAAGAAGUCAAACCCUGAAGACUUAUGCCGAAGGAUACAACGUUUGCGACUUGGUUUGCAAAUGAAUUAAAACAAUAUCACACCUAUCGUGUGGUUCAGAAAUAUCAAUGAAGCAAUUAUUAUUGAUAAAAACUAGGGAACUCAGACAGGUUGAUUUUUUCCUGAUAUUUUUAUCGUGCAAUUACAAACAAUGGAGACCUGCCAGAAAAAAAUUUCAAACUAUCUACCGGAAGGCAUUUAUUCGUGCUGCUCGUUAAUGAAGCUUUUGAACAAAUGCUUUGAAAUAAAACAAUUAGAAAAAGGUAGCUAUUUAUGUAAUUGUAAUACAACACAGUAAGCCGCACAUAGAGUACGUGACAAAUUAACUGAAUUAUUUAGUGGAAAAAUGGUGAAGCAAUGACUUUUCGGUGUGCGGAAGGUAUAUCAUGAUGUUGCUAAGCUCUGCUAAUGCAGUUUCAAAACAUUUGUUGUUUAUACGCGAGGUGUGCAUAAAAAAUUUUAAAGAAUGAAUAUUUUCUCUGCGCGCAUAUCAAUUGGAACAAAUUUUGGGAUUAACAAAAAAGUAGGUCUGACACUAAAGACUCGUGUCUUUGUACGUUGUUGAAAAUACUUUAUUUUCUUACACUACAUACAUAUACAAGUAAAUGUUGACACGAAUUUUUUUUUUUUUUUUAUAUUGUUAGUGUCGUUGUUUCCCUUACUCAUGCUUUUUCUUCCAAAUAUUAUCUUCUGGGCCGUAUCAUCGAUGCAAUUAGAUACGUAAAAACGGCGCUUGGAAAUAUCUUUGGAAGUUGCAUUUAUAACCGCCAAUUUCGAAUGGCUGUUGACGAGAACGAAGAGAUCGUUAAAAAACGAAAAAAAAAACAGUAUGUUUUUAGAGGUAAAGCUAAAACAAGUCUCACUUUUGGGUUCUUAAAAAAAAAAAAUUAUUUGAUUUAGAUCUUCUUCAGGGGAACGAUAAUUUCAUUGAUAUGUUGUAUUAUGUUUCUCGCGGCGUUGAUUGUGUUUCGUAAAUUGUCAUUUGAACAUUUAUAUUGUAUGUUUUGAAAUAAUGCAUAUACACGUACGAUGUAUAAUGUAUUCAUUAUAUAACUCAAACUAUCUGUUCACAUCGGCAAAAUGUGCAUUGAAAGCGAAAUACAUGUAAUGGAAUUACUUAGCAAUAACAAUACAUAUUUGGACAUUUGAUAUUCUUUACGAAUACGCGCGAAAAUGGUGGCAAUGUGAAUUGAUAAAUUUAUAAACGUAUGAAAUUUUUUCCUAAUGCAGAAAGUGAUUCCUAAAUGUAACGAGGAAGAUAUGUAUACCGCAGUUAUUUAGUUUAUAAUUACGAGGAUGUUGAGUGAUUUUACUGACCACACGAGGUUAUUGGUUAUUUACCUAAUAAAACUGAUUGCUGAGUGAUGACGUUUUCUUUAAACAGUCUUUCCUGGUCAAGUAUGGGUAUGAUUUUCUAUUUCAUCUUCGUUUAACGAUAUGUAUAAUUAUCACAUAUCGUCGGUUGUUCAUUGUUCGUUUAAAGAAAGAAACCGAUUGAUUAAUCAGUUCUUUUUUUUUUUAUUAUUCCUAACGGAUUUGUGUUCGAUUUUUCUCUUUUUUUUCUUCCUUUUAUUUUAUCCAAUCCGUUCACUUCCACCACCCUAUUACUAAUGAAUUCAUAUCAAUUAUUAUUGUACCCGUUAUUAACUGAUGCUCAAGGUAGCUUCUUCUUUGACAUGUUUAUUUAAAGAAUUAUGGAUUUGCAGUUGAACAAUUUUGAUUGAAUAUCGUAUCCAGGUUCGUUUUUGUUAGAAGAUGAAACGCAUAAAUUGAAAGGUUUCAAUUUCAAAAGAGUAAAAGUAUCGUUUGAAUAUAUUAGACAUUCUAUUAUUUAUUAUUUUACACGUACUGGUAGCAGCUUUGGUUAGUAGUGAAAUUGAUAUGAUUUUUCCUGUCGAACUUUACAUAGUCAAGUUCGAAGAAACACAUAUUCAGUACUUUGGCAGCGCUUAAGUGCUUCAAACGACGAUAACGACUAAUUGACUUGUAGUUCUGAAUCCAAAGAUACUCAAAUUUAGUUUACAAAAAAAUAUGAAUAUGAAACAACCUCGGCCUGUGGCGUUUUAAAUUCUGUCAACCACAAUGCGAACCUACUUUGUCUUGGUAUUGAUUCGUUCAUUGUUACGAGAAUAUUUUUAAAAAACAAAAUAUUAGAAAAUGGAUUUAAAAAAAUUGAAAAACUACGAAAGGAAAAAACUGUUAUACGUUAUAUAAAAAGGUUUUAUAUCGCGAAAAAUUGGUACAAACACCAAAGACUUACUUAAUUAAAUACUAUAAUUAUUAAUGAUCAUGCAGAUAUCGAUCAGAUUUCGAUGAUAGGAAUGUGUGAGCCAGCGUUUCUCGUUUUCCUUUCUUUCUUUUCUCUUGUUUCUUUUUUCUUCUUAAUAUAAUACGUGUUGUAGUUGAGUAGCGAUCAUUUGUUAGAUGAGCUCCAAUGAAACUGAAACAAGAAAAGUUGUUGUAUGUACAAAUUACUAUGCAAAUUUAUUUUAGUAUAUAACGAUUGUUAAGAUUAAACCGUAGAUAUAGCUUAGUAAUCUAUAUACCCUAGAUUUCACUAUUACGAAGAAAAAUACAAGAGCUCCGCGUCGAAUCCUUUCACAGGCUGUGUUGUAAAUGUAGCCACAGAUCAAUUACACACUGAACUUUAACAGGGGUAAUCAUUUUCAGAAAGUUCAACUCUUAGUUCAUCAGGGUUUAACAUUAUUUUUAUCACCACUCAAUUUUUAUUAAGUUAAGACAUGAAUAAGUUUAUUAUAAUUUUAUUUGCCAUGUGCAAAAACUUCCUCAAUCUAGGAAGAAUAACAAUUAUUUUUUUUCGUCUUUCUCCGAACGUUUGCGUUUUUUCUUCAAUAUCUCUUUUCGUAUUACCUAUGUACUGUAAACCAAAUGAUAAAUGUAACUUUUUUUUCUUCCUUCAUAUUUUUUUCAUGGUCUGUAUUACCUAUUUCGUGAUUUUGUGCAUGGUGUUGGGAAAAUCUGGUAACUUUGGCGUGAAUGAUACUGAUCUGUGGUUAUAUGCAGGCACACGUAUACUCGCAUAUAUACAUGCAUAUAGGUUUAAGUGCUCAUCUCUGAUCCCAUUGAAAAAAAAAAAAUGAAACAAAUAUUAUCCCCGUUGUCACAAAAGGUAGUGCUCAUUUAUUAUUAACUAAUCUUAUAAGCAACCCUAGUUUCGCUGAAUAUUUCUUUUUUCGCGAAAGCAAAAAGAAAUUGAAUAUUUUUCAUAACACGAAAGUCCGAUGCGGUUCGUUGCUGGUAUAUGGUUGUUGAUUAUUGGCGAGAAUUUAAAAUUAAAUAAUAUUGUUAUCUAUUAAUAAUUGUAGAAAAGAAUCGAGAUACGUUUAUAUACAAAAAAUAUAAGAAAAACGAAAACAAUAAAAAUGAAAAAAAAGAGAAACCUGUGGUUCUAGGUAGAAAACAAGAAGGAACGCUAUUUUUUUUUCUAACCAGUGCGCACUGCCAUAGUGUCCGAAGUGUCUUAAAAGCGUUUACACUUAUAUUCUGUCCAAUUCAUAUGCAUCGUAGAGCAUUUUUAUUGUAUUUGCGAUUUUGCUGAAGCUGAUAUGGAUAGAUUAUAGUGAUAAACGAAUUUUACAUAAGAUACGUAUAUCAGUAAAACAAAAUGUUGAAAGAAAUGUAAUACUAUUAAACUGGGAGUGCGAUUGUCUCUUUCUUUUUAUACAGCUACGUUUUAUUAUCGUAGGCAAGCCAACUUGAAUUUUUUUUCCGAAAGAAAUGUCGAAUACUGUAAAACUAAAACUUAACUGAGAAGGUAUCCCGCACUAGAGUUCCUAGACCCUAGACAGUUAUACAUAUAGACGACCUCACCAACUAAUGAACUAGUUUAAUUUUAAUUAUUGUAAUAUUCAACUUAACAAUUGUUACGAUAAAUAAGUACGUUGAUAAUAGGUAAGCACACACAAGGGUGCCUUCUUUCAGAGGUCCUUCCUCAAAGGACUUCUUGGCAUAACUAUAGCCAGCUCUAUAAUCGGGUGUUUUUAUCUGUAAAUGUCGGGCGAUUUUCCGUAGUUCGAAUUGCUGUUUUAUACGAUGACGUGCGUGAAGGGAAAAUCGUUUGCUAUUAUUAUAUCAUUCGAUUGUAUUGUUGGUUGUCUGUUCAUAACGUUGAACCCCUAAAGCUUAAGUAUUAUUUUAUAAGCCAAACUGAGAAAAAACAAAACAAUGCUCUUCCCAAAUGCAUCAACUUAUCAAUGCAACUUGACACAUUUUUUGUACGAGAUGAAAAUUUUUGUAAUAAAAAAACGACUAUUAAAAUCCAAUAAAAAUAUAAGUAUAAUCGUAAAUGAUGAAUAAUUUUAAUAGAUAAUACAGGGAAGGGCAUCACACUGUGUAACAGAUUCAUGCCUGGAGUCGUCUUGCUACAGGCAUUAUAUGUACACCCAACCAAAUAUAGCGCUGUACGAAAUUGGGGGAAAAACGUAUUUAGAUCUAUAUCACCUUGAGCAUAACAAAAGAAAAAAAAGAAACGAAAAAACUAUACAUAUAUUAAAGCAGUAAACACAGAUACGCUCAACUAUUGAUAAUUUAUUACAUAGUUACGGAAUAGAAGAAAAGGAGGUUCAACUAUUGAAAAUAAAUAUAUCGUUAGACAAUAAUGAAAAACGUUAAUUACCUAAUGAUUAAGUAAUUUUAAGUUGAAUUGCGUAUGUAUGUACAGGUGCCAUAACAGGACAUACGAUCGUAUCGUUAAUUACAAUUAAAUGCAAGUAAUCAUAUUUAAUAUGUUAUUUACUCAUUUUCUCAAUGAGUACACACUUGUUUGUCUCAAUUUGUAAGCGAUUUGUUGUAAUGUCUUAUGCUAUCCUAAUGCAAUUGCGAUAACGUUUAAGCGACAUUGCCGGUAUUGUCGAGGUUCGACGCCUUGUGUAUUGGGAGUGAUAUACUGUGGGAGUCAAUAAUUCUCUUUUUAUUUUAAUUGAAAAAUUGUAAGCAGGACACGCGUCAAUUUCACCGCGAAGUUCGGGAUUCUAUCGUUUUGUUUCUUUCAUUUUAAUUAUAACACAUGGUGAAAAUUCAAACGUACUAAUAUGUUUGUUCGUUUGUAUUUAACAGAAAAAUAUUCAUCAAUGUUAUACUCGCUUAUAUUCAUGCUUACGUUUAGUUUUUGCGAAAAGAAUCGAUUAGAUUCCUGUGAUACUUUAUCAUACAUUUAUUGCUCCACUUUAUGGCGACAGCCGGAUGUUUUUGCAAUUGUAUUACGGUGCAGGUCUUUAACGUAAUUUAGGCUUAGUCGUAUUAUAGUAAGCUAUUAUCCGAUUCGCAGACCUACAAUAAAGCAUGUUGUGAAUUUUAAA